ACGUCCCCGUGGCCGAGGGCACCUUUUUUCUUUUUUUUUUUUUGGAGUCUACCAGCUAUAAAACCCGUGACGGCCCUCCUCCCCCAGUAAACGACCCCCGUCAAAGAUGGCUUCGGUCUCCGCGCUGCGAGCCGCCCUGCUGGGCUCCUUCUCCGUGCUGGUGACGGUUCUGCUGGGCUUCGGGCUGCCGUCGCUGCUGAACCUGGGCGCGAGGGCGCUGGGCUUACCGGAGACCAGCGUGACGGAGUGCAUCGUCGCGCUGUAUCUCGGCUUCGUGCUGUACGUGGCGACGCCUCGGAUUCCGCGGGGGUCGGUGAAGGUGAAGGGGAAAGCGGUGUUCAUUACAGGUUGUGACACUGGAUUCGGUCAUGCACUCGCCAAACAUCUACACAAGCUUGGCUUCACCGUCUUUGCUGGAUGUCUUUUUAAGGACAAAGGUGCAGAGGGCGCAAAGGAAUUGGAAGAACUUUGUUCUGAUCGCCUGAAAGUUGUGCAGCUGGAUGUCUGCAGUGACGAGCAGGUGGACCAAGCGGUGAAAUAUGUCAAGGAGAACCUGGGGGACACAGAAACAAGUCUUUGGGCUGUGGUGAACAACGCCGGUGUGUCAACGUUUGGAGAAAUAGAGUUCACCUCCAUGGACACUUACAGGCGGGUGUCAGAGGUCAACCUGUGGGGCACCGUCAGGGUCACCAAAGCCUUUCUGCCAUUAAUCCGCAGGGCCAAAGGGCGCGUUGUCAACGUGGCCAGCAUGUCCGGGAGGAUGGGAUGUCCCUCGCAGUCGGCUUACUGCGUGUCUAAAUACGGCGUGGAAGCUUUCUCCGACUGCCUCCGCUACGAGAUGAAGGCCUGGGGGGUCAAAGUGUCCGUAAUCGAGCCGGGCAACUUCCUCGCCGCCACCAGCAUCAUGACCCGAGACAGCGUGGCCGUCACGGCCGCCAAGCUGUGGCGCGAGGCACCCACGCAGGUCCAGGAGGAUUACGGGAAGGCCCGCUUUGAGAUCCACAUGGCUGCGACGCGCUCCCACUGCAACACGGGACAGAAGGACGCGGCGUCCGUUCUGGACGACAUCACGGACGCAGUCGUGUCCAAGCGCCCGUACACGCGGUACCAUCCCAUGGAGCCGCACUCUUGGCUCAGGGUUCAGCUGAUGACCCAUCUCCCUGGCGCCAUGUCGGACUUCCUCUACUUCUAGAAGAGGAGCCGCCACCUUUAGAAGCUGGUCGCAUGUCGCUCCACCAUGACGGCCUCUCAGCUACAUUCCUCGAUCAUUCACUGACCCGGCCUUAAAAAUAAUGAUUUAGAAAGGUAAUUAUUUCACUUAGCAUAUUGAAUGUCUUAUACGAAUCCUAACUUGUUUACAGAUAUAUUCCAUGAUUAGUAGCAACCACUAACAUAUUUGUACCUUUGAACACUACAUCGUUAUGCUGUAACAUUAUCCUAAAAUAAAUGUUUUUGCACAUGGGAAUCUUCUGGGUUCCUCACUGGCAUGAGGACCAAAGGCUCCCACUGGGAUUUGGCUUGACUCAACCCAAAGUUACGCAACUACAACACAGGCUCACUUUGUCCCAAAUGCACCGACUGUGCAAUCCUGAGGUUGAUUUAUGAGAUUAACUGUUGUUCUUAAAUCACAGUCCUCCGCUCACCCGGCAGAAAUGUAUUUGAAUAUAGAAUGUGGAUUACAGUUUUGAUAUUUCAAUUGCUGUAUCGUUUCUUAAGAUAGAUUUGAAAUAAAUUGACCAAAUCGUGA